AUGCUAAAAGUUGGGGGGUGGCUCAAAGGCCACACGCCUAUACAUACGAAAAGUUUAAACGCUCUCGAUGAGCUUGCCCAUAUACAGGAUGCCAUGAGUGCUGUCACCCAUAUCAUGGAUGAUGAUGUCGAAACAGCCGAAGAGCUUCUGAGCAAAGGCAAUUCGCCUUUCCACCAGUUAGGAGUUGGAGUGUGUACUUUCAUAAGGGCAACACUGGGCUUUGAGCAAGAGGUCAUGCGCGAAGCUGCGAACGCCCUGUCACAAGCUGAGAACUCCGCAUACGAACAGCAAAGACGGGCGCACAAGGACCCGAACGCAUACCAAUCGCCGAUAUAUCCUCCUGGGACCGAGUACGCAGUAUGCCAGGCAGAAUCGCAGUUGAUGAGCGCAGUAGUGGGCGUGCUCAACGAGUCUCUAACAGAGGCCAUCAAGAGUUUUUAUAAGCUGAGGAAGGCAUAUCUUACGUUGGAAAACGUCAUGGAAAACGAGAAGAAGUUUUUGAAAGAGAGGAGCAUGAGUAGUUUGCAAUCCAGCGGCUCCGCGAGUUCGUCGAAGCCGGGAUCAAUGCGCUCGAGCACGGGAGGUAGCACGCUCAAGAGCUCGGGGCAGCCUGUUGCGGCUGGAGUAUGUGCUGCUGGAUCGACCGCGAACCUGCAACAGAGUUAUGGAGACGAGAAGCCUACACCGAAAAACGCGGUUGUGGGCUCAAAGAAUGUUACCAACGACACCGAUAGCGAUGAUGGCUUCGACUUUGUGGAUGCUGAAGAGGUUCAUAAAGGUGAUGAAAUACCCGUAGAAUAUAAGGGCCAUCUGAACGUAGCGGUCGGGGAAGGCGCCUACGUCGAUCUGGACAAUGCACAGAGGACGCUCAACAUCAAUUCUAGCUCAGCGCCAGAUCUACCUUCAGCGAAAAACAACCCAUCGGACUCGAUACCAGACGCCAUUGAAGACUUCGAGCAACUUACCUUGACUGGUCGAGACGACCCCGAAGCAGAUAUCUCAACAUUUAGUGACCACCCAGUUGAUCUCUUCAUACUUUCGGCGUCAAACUUCUGUUUUGGUAUGCUCCUCUUACUCCUUUCAUUUAUACCGCCUUCAUUUGCUACGCUAUUGAAGAUUGUCGGCUUCAAAGGCGAUAGGGAACGCGGUAUGCGGAUGCUGUGGCAGGCUACCAAGUUUCAUGAUAUCCAUGGAGCAAUGGCCGGCGUCGUGCUCAUGGGAUAUUUGAACGGAUUUACUAACUUCUGCGACAUCCUCCCGACUACAGGUGAAGGAUCAUACCCCAAGGAAAAAUGUACAGCGUUAUUGGUCGCCAUGCGCAAAAAAUACCCAAAGAGCCAUCUUUGGCUACUUGAAGAAGCGCGGAUGUUGGGUUCAGAGAAGGAGCUAGAAAAAGCCGUCAAAUUCAUAGAAGACGCGGGCGAAUCACCACUCAAGCAACUUGAAGCUCUCAGCUGGUUCGAACGCAGCCUGAACGAAAUGUACAUGCACGACUAUGAGAAGACGGCCUCGGCGUUCGAAAAGUGUAUCACGCUCAACAACUGGAGCCACGGACUGUACCAUUAUAUAUGUGGAGCAUCUUACGUCGAACUUUACCGGCGAAACAUGAAGUCAAACCCUUCCGAGGCUGAGAAGUAUGCAGCCAAAGCAGAAGACAUUUUCAAGACGAAGGUGAUUCAAAACACGGGUAAGAAGAAGUUCAUGGCCCGCCAACUUCCCUUUGAUGUCUUCGUCAUUCGUAAGAUCCAGAAGUGGGAAGCACGGGCUAAAGAAUGGGAUUGCGACCUUGUCGACGCAGUAGGCGUCUCUCCAAUCGAAGAAAUGAUUUAUUUCUGGAAUGGGUAUAAGCGAAUGCGCGAUGAUCAUCUCCAAGUUUCACUCCAGAAUCUCGCAUGGAGUGAGUCAGCCGCAAACCCGCAUUGGGAGAAGGAAGGUUUGGAUGAACGGUCGAUCCUUGUCCUCCUCCGCGCCGCUACGCUUAGGAACAUGGACCGGACCACCGAAGCCAAGGACCUUUUGAAAAAGGACAUACUGCCUGUCGACAGGAGCCUAUUCAAGGGUCCCCUGAAAGACAACUGGACCGCACCCUGCGCACGCUACGAAAUGGGCGCGAAUGUCUGGCGCGAAGCUGAUGUAGACGGGCACCCUGAAAAUCGACCUCACAUGCUCGAUGAGUGUCGGGACUGGCUUGAUGAAGUUACGAAGUGGGAUGGCUUUGAUUUGGAUGCAAGAAUCGGUAUGAAGAUUACGACGGGAAGGGAGACGCUGAGGAAGUUUGGCGUGCAAUGCUGA